AUUAAAUUACUAAAAUAUAAAAUGUAACAGGGUGAAGCUAACAUUGCUGAAAAGAGAUAAAUGAGGAGAGCAAGAACUAAUUUUGAAGAUUAAACGUAAUAGUAUAUUUUAAUUGAUAUUAGGGAAGAAGGAAUGAAUGAAAAAAUGACAUGUUAUGAAAGUGUUUUAAAUUGUUUUGGAUCAUUUUUUGGAACUUUAAGAGCAUGGUUACCAUGUUGUUUUUGUUGUUGUCCAUAUCCUUAUUAUGAAAUAACAUAAGGAUAAAAGGGAUUGUUAUAAAAAUUUGGAAAAUAUUAAAGAACUUUAGAACCUGGACUUCAUGAAUUUAAUCCGUAUUGAUAUUAUUGUUAUAUUAAUAGUUUUACAGAUAGAAUCAUUCCUGUUAGUACAAAGACAUUGUAAAUAGAUAAAAUUAUAUUAUAGUAUUAUUGAUUUAGAUAGAUAACUUAUCUUAACUAAAGACAAUAUAACUGUUAAUAUUGAUACUAUUGUCUAUUAUAGAGUUGUAGAUGUAUGUAAAUCAGCUUAUAGAGUUAAAAAAAUUGUUGAAGCUGUUAAAGAAAUAACAUACGCUGUAUUAAUUUAUUAAUUUUCAGACUCUUAGAACUGUUGCUGGUGAACAUUCAUUAUAAGAUAUUAUUGAAAAUAGAUAAAAAAUUGCUGAUGAAAUUGAAGGAUUUGUCUUUGAUGUAGUUUCAGAAUGGGGUAUUUCUAAAUUAUUUAUUUUAUUAGGAAUCUUUUUAGAACAUGUUUUUAUUAAGGAUAUGCAAAUGGGAGAAGAUUUAUAAUCAUCACUUUCUAAUGCUCCUAAAGCUUAAAGAUUGGCUUAAUCUAAAAUCAUAUCUGCAAAAGUAAUAUUUAAUUUACACUAGAGUGAUGUUGAAGCUGCUAAAUUAAUGAGAGAAGCUGCUGAUAUGUUAGAUUCUAAAGCUGCUAUGUAAAUUAGAUAUUUUGAAACCAUUUAACUUAUUGCCAAAAAUAGAAAUCCAAAAAUUUUAUUCCUGUCUAUGGACUAAACUUAAAAAAAAUGA